UUGUCAGUGAUUGGUCAGUGAAGAGGGAGAAACCGGAUGUAGUAGUUUUAGCUCUUAGCUAAGUGCCGCCAGAAAGAAAACGUCUUAAAGUUUACAUUAAACAAGUGUAAAAUUUAUGCCCCUCACUCUCCACUCUACAGUCUUGGUGUUUAUAUCGCUGCUAAACGUUUGUUUUGAGCCGCUGGGAUUAUUUCUUGUCGGAGUUUGCUGUGUAGACUGUAAUUAGCCUCCGUUAGCAUCCUGAAUGGACUGUUAGCGUCAGGAGCCAAAGCAGCUAACAGCAGGGAGUUAAUCUGUGUUUUUGACAGUUAAGGUUUUAAAAGUCCGUGGUUUAGGGCUUCAAGAAGAGUCCACGCUCCGAGUUUGUGAGAUGUACGAGGAGACCACCACCCUCCGUGGACACCACCUUUAAGGCUUGUUGUCCGGCUCAGGACCGAGAGACCGAGGUCAGUCGCAGAGAGGACACAACUUCACACCGAGUUUCAGCAGAACAAAAGAAGGCAGUAGUCCCGUGGAUGAAACCUGCCAGUGUAACAUGCGGAGGGUUCAAGGAUUGUGAGAAGGAGAAUCCCAAGUGGAGCGAGAAUGUCUGAGGUGACGAAAGUUAAGGCAGAGGCUUCUGGAGGGCCUCCCACACCUGCAGCAUCCACAUCAGAACAGGAGCAAACACAAGAUAACAAAGAUAUCAUUCAACAGAUUGUUGUGGUUAAAGAAGAGGUUCCCCAUGACUGGAUCCCCAGUUUGGACCAACAGGACCCAGAGUCCCCCCACAUGAAGGAGGAAGAGAGCAAACUGUGGAUCCGUGAUGAUGGAGAGCUGCAGAGUGACGAUACUGAAGAACCUCAGUUAUCAGAUCCCAAUCAAAUCAAAGCCAAAGACAACAGAGAGACAGAAGCUCCAAGCAGCAGCUCAGCUAAACAGACAAAAACAGAAUCGAAUGGAGAGGGCAAUGGAGGAGCAGAACCUGAAACCAACCCAGAUCCAACAAGUUCUCCUGGACAAAGUAAGAAGUCGGUUCCUAAAAGGGGUAAAACGUCUAAACUGAAUUCAACACUUAUGGCUCAGAUUGGAGUCCACCCAGGAGAGAAGCCAUUUGGUUGCAAAGUUUGUGGCAAAAGAUUAAAACAUUUGACUUCAAUUAAAUUACACCUGAUGACACACAAUGGAAACAUAGAACAUAUCUGUGAUUUUUGUGGGAAAGGGUUUAAAGAAAAGAGCUCCCUUCGGAUACAUAUAAGGCUCCACACUGGAGAGAAACCAUUUGCCUGUGAUGAAUGUGGUCGGAGGUUUCACGAAAAAGCAAAACUUAAAACCCACCUGAAGGUCCAUUCGGUAGAAAAGCCGUUUUCUUGCGAUGUGUGCGGCACCCGGUUUAAACGAAAGGAGAACAUAAAGAAGCACAUGAGGAUCCACACCGCAGAGCAACCGUUCGUGUGUAGCGUUUGUAGGAAAAGGUUUUCCCGACAAGAGACUCUAAAGAGACACAUGCACGUUCACACAGGAGAGAAGAGGUUUACUUGUAACGUUUGUAGCAAAGGGUUUGCACUGAAACACCAUCUGAAAAACCACAUGGAGGUUCACACUGCACCAUUCAGCUGCAGUGACUGUAGCAAAUGUUUUGCAAACGAAAUGCAGCUGGAGCGACACGUGAAAGUCCACUCGGAGGAAAGACCGUUUGGCUGUGAUGUCUGCAAGACCAGAUUUUAUCAAAAGUGCCAGCUUACCAACCACAUGACAGUCCAUUCAGGACUGAAGCCCUUCGUGUGCACCGUUUGCAGUAAAGCGUUUUCCCGACUCGGAAAUCUAAAGAAACACAUGGAGGUUCACAGGGACUGCAAGUAGUGAUUAUUUUGAACGUAAGCUAAACUGUCAGUAUUUUUUCCAUUUGGUCAAUAGUUAAUGUAAUCCAUCUCUGCGUUCUGUGCUUUGUAUAUCUGUUUUAGGUUUAUGUGUGCCAGGGUUUGGCUUUCCACUGAAGUGGAAGGCUUUCUCAGCAUUUCCCCUGUAAAUACCAAAACAGACAGUAUAAGUGACUAUAACUUUUCAGCAUUUCAAUAUAUUAUUGUUUUAAAUGCUAUAAACACUAAAACUCAAAUAAGUGAGAACUUAGCCAUUAGAAUUGCAUGAAAGUAGCCACCGUUUUAUUCCUCAGGCAGGUGUGCACAGACAAAAAUAAUCCCAGGAAGUUUACACACGUUUUUGAUAUUCUAGGAGCCGUUUAAGGGAAAAGUUGUGAGAAAAUUGGACUACAGAUAAAGUAAUUUAGUUAUGAGUAAGAAAUGAGGGGUUAAAAGGGAAAGGGAUUACAGGGUUGUUUAAGCAUGGUGGUGACUCAUUUAUGCUGGAUUGAUUAUUGGGCUUCUUUUACAAGGUUUUGAUUUCCCAAUGGGUUGUAAAUAAUGUAAAUAACUUUACAUUUAUUUUACUUGUUGUCCCCAAGAACAGUGUUUUCCAGUUAACUCAUUUCUCUUUAAACAGUUUGUUUCAGAUAUUGUCAGAAAUUUGAGCUUUAUUCUGUUUUAAAUGUAUGAAUAACGGGCAAAAAACUAUUAAAAAAAAUAUUGACAAUUGGAAGCUUCUAUUCUACCUUUGUUUUAUUUAAAGAUAUUGGAAAAAAACCCGAUAUGAUGAAAGUUAUAAUCAAGGGAGUUCUUUAGCUGAAUAAAAUUGGAUGAAUAUUGUCAACUUAAUACACCGUUACAAUACUGCCUCUUGUAUUUUUCUCUAUGGAUAAAUCAAGUAUGUCUUUGUGUACGUAAAUUAGGUAGAUUAGUUAAAAUUUCUUGGUUGUAACUUUAAAGUCUGCCUGAUUUAUUUUUAUUAUUAUUAAUAUUUGAUCAUUAAAAUAAUUGUCUCUUCUCUUUACAACUUCUUUAUGUCUAGUAAACAAUUUUUCAUAAAAAUUAUAAUUUUUUUGUAAAAACUAGCGGUUCUGGUUCUGCUGGUAGAAUAAUUGAACUUCCAUUUAAUAAUGUUUUGAUAUAAAAUCCUUUUUUUGGUGCCAUUUACUUUUCUUUCUAUCCUAAAUUAUGUCUUUAGUCACAAUUUUCACCAUUAUCUCUAAUUUAUUGUCAUAGUGAGUGAGGUAAAAAGGAAUUGAUCUUUGCAGCUUUUUAUUAAAAAUGUUUUAUUAAAAAUGUUUUUCAAUAUUACAGAACAUUUGUCAUUAAAAUGCUGCAAUGACAUGAUUCCAAAUAGUAAAGCUAAAGUCAUCUCAACCAGUUACUACUUCAAAGGAAAGGAAAGCGUGUUUAGCAGGUACUGAUCUAACUUUUGAUACUUUGGUAAAAUUAUUCAGUUCAACAUUUCCCCACUCACCUUUUUGUUGGUAUUUAUAAAAAAAAAUUGUUUUACCAAACAGUGUACACAGAUUACUAUUGUCAAAUAUCCCAAAACCUAUGUAAUAAACGUUUUAAACACUUUGUUGCAAAUUAA